AUGGCUGCAGUCAUGGCUAAGCCGGCUGGAACUGCCACCAAGAUGAAGAAGCCCCCCACGCCUGUGGUACAAACGAAUGUGAACGGUGUUAAGCCGACAGCACCGUCUUCGUCGCCCUCGAGUGCUAGGAAAAGCCUCCCCGGCCAGAACCCAACUCCGACCUCUGCUUCGAGCAAUAGUGCCACGGUCAAUGGCACAGCGCGAUCGAAUCGGCGACAACCACGGUUAUCCAUACGAAAUAACACAGAGAAUGGCUCGAUUGAAAAGCGGGUGCCCAAGAAGAUCCCGGAGCCAUAUGUGCCUAAAGAGUCCUACAUCCUGCGCAAGUUCAAAGGGUGCCCGCCCUCUCUAAUUGUCCAUCUCCACCCCACACACUUUCGUUUUGACCAGCAAGAUGGAAGCUUCAGCUAUCACUCUGAAAUGCGCGUCUUCAUCGAACAUCUCGCCAAAGGAACUAUCCCGCACGACAUGGUUGAAGAGUUUCGGAAGUCAGAUGUGAAAUACUACGAUGGAUGGCUCAUUGUUCGAGUCGUGGAUCAUAAAUCUGUCGCGAAGGAUGUCCAUACCUCUGAGGCCGCGGCGGAUGACGAGAAACCAUUUUCUAUCCACAACUACAAUCAAUACAUCACACCCUCACCUUACGCGCCCUAUCCCUCGCAAGAACAAUCCCUUGCCAGAUCACCACCACUUAAGCAAGAACGUCAGGACUCAGUGGCCAGCGACACCAGAGAUCUUCUUCACUCUGACGAUACUAUUGAUGUGGCGCCAAAAUCGACAAAGCCCCGUCCCAGAAUUUACCAUGUUGCCCUGCGACCGACGAUUUUGUCUCGGCAUAUGGACCUGGUCCUAGAUGCGAUGGCACCGGAUCCCAAAUCGGUCAACCGAAAGCAGUCCCAAGCCAAUUCCGCCAACCGGCCACCUGGGUCGGCGGCCCCGCAAACCCCCAUCUCAGGAGUGCCUCCUACCCCGUCAUCGGAGAAGGGACCGCCACUCAAGAAACAAAAGCUGAGGAUAGAUCCCAAGGAUUUGUUGGAAUACGAAGGGCGGAUUGUCAAUGCCACCGCUCCCCCAUUGUAUUUGGACCCAGUGGACACCCUAGAGGAAGCCGAAACCUUGAUCGAUAUACUCAAGGACCCUCUUUGCAACACCCGUCCUCCAUCCCCCAAACGCCGCAAGAGGACCUUUGCGGAACUUGCAGCGGAAGAUGCUCACGCAAAGCAACAAGAGCGGUUUAUGCUCAUUAUGGACGAGCGUACCGCUGGCAGUACUGGAGCUACGAAUUCCGGUGCUGUGGAUGGCCAAGCUGCUGCCACAUUGUUCCAGCCGCGCUUCGAGAAGUUUAAUGCCCUUGAUAAUAUUAAGCGAGAAAUCGCGGAACGAAAGCAGCGUGAGAAGGAUCGACAGUUGCAAGAGGACGAGACUCGAAGGAGUCAACAAGAUCGUAUGCAGGAAGAAGAGAAGAAACGGAUCAUGAUUCAACGGGCCCAAGAGAUGAGAGGGAUGCGUCCGCGGCCGCAGGACGUACAGACGGUUUUUCAACAGCAGCAGCAUACUCAAGCUGUGCAACGGCCUCCUUCUCAGCAAGUCAAUGGCAUUCCUCCAAACAUGCAGAGCCAAAUGCUCGCUGCUCAGCAACGUGGCUCUCCGGUCAUUCGUCAAGGUACUCCUCUUGCGGCUUCGUCGCCCGUCGUGACUGGUGCUGGUCAAGUUGGACAUCCCAUGGCUAUGUCAGGUUCACAACAAGGGCAUGGGUCUCCACCUCGGCCCGGCUCCGGCUCUGCUGUGCAACAUGGCCAUCCCAGCGCCCCUAUGGCCAGAGUCCCGAGCGGGCAAGGGCCAAGCCGACACAGUACUCCACAAAUGGCUCAUGGCACGCCCAGGAACGCAACCCCUGUUAUGCGACAAGGUACGCCCGCACAGCAGAUCACUCAGGCUAGUCCACAUGGUAGUACGGUGGCCCCUACGCCUCAGAUGAUGCCGGCCGGAAUGAUGCAAGGAAUGCAGGGACAGGCUCCGAACGGAGUUCCUCGACAGUUGAAUCCGCAACAGCUUGCAGAGAUGCAACGCCGCCAGGCAUUGCAGCAGCAAGCAAUGCAACAACAGAUGGCUAAUGGCACCCCCCAAAUGUCACAUGCCCAAAUAGCACACAUUCAGGCUCAGCAGCAGGCCCAAGCCGAACGACAGGCAGCCAUACAACGGCAACAAGCACAACAACACCACCAGCAGCAGCAGCAGGCGAUGCAGCAAGGCACGCCGCAGAGCCAACACAUGUCGCCAGAUCCUGCGCAAAGCCAGAUAGCGUACAAGCAGUCCGUAGCCGAACAUGUCAAGGCUCAAAUCCAAAGUCUCCAACAACAAAAUCAAGGCCAUAGCUCGCCUGCACCGAACCACAUGACACCUCAGCAGCAAGUGUCGCAAUUAGCUCAUGUCCAGCAACAGCAAAGGAUGAUGGCUGCCCAAGCUCAACAAGCUCAGAUGAUGGGCGGCAGCGUGCCACAUCCACAGCAGCGGCCCCAAGCAAAUCCUGCGCUACAACAAUUAUAUCAGUCGACGUUGGCCGCCUACCAGCAGCGUUUCUUGGGACAAGCCGCCGCUAAGUACGGUGGCAACACAAGUAUGCUUCAGCCCGCCGAGGUCCAGCAGGUGCAACAGCAAGCUAAAACUGCAGCCAUGCAAGCCGUGCGCAGACGCCAGGUUGAGAUGAACAAUAUGUCGAUUCAACAGGCUCAGAUGCGCCAACAAGUUGCCCAGCAGCAAGCUCAGCAGCAGGGCGGUGGAAUGCCUAAUGGGAUGAUGGGCAUGAGCCCUAACAUGGCAGCAGCUCUCCAACAACAACAGGCGCAGCACAUGCAGCAGAUGCAGCUUCAACAAGCUCAGCAAGUGAUGCAGGCGCAGCAGCAGCAACAAGGCAUGCAGUAUCAGCAGCGGUGA